AGUGGUUAACUUGACUUUAGGUACCCUUGUCGGUAAAGGUAAAGCGGGAGCUAAAAUUAGCGUGGUUAUGGCAUGUGAAGGGAAGGUUACGGAGGGGACAAGCUGGUCUGAACAUUUACCCUUUGAUUGAUUUGAUUUGAUCUGAAUCUUGAUGAUUUUGACGACUCCGCGCGCCCUUUGAGGAAUACAGGAAUAUUUGAAAGACGAUACUUUUUGUUAGGGACAAAGAGAAGAAGAAGAAGAGUUUGGGAAUAGGAAUUGAUUUUAUUGAAUUCAUUGAAUAUGGCAGACGCGGAGGAAAAGGCAAAGGCGGAAAAAUUGGCUGCGGCUAAGAAACGUGUAUGUUGUCCUGUUUUGUUAUGAGGGAUGAAUGGUUUCAGUGCGGGGUUUGGAGAGGUAGCUGGGGGGUUUAUUGAGGGUAGUUACUAACAAGUGAUAUAUAGGUGGAGGAAAUGAAAAAGAAGAAGGCGAAGAAGGCGGGGGUUAAGAAGGAAGAGAAGAGCGAAACUGCGGGUGAGAAGAGUGAAGAGACGAUUGAGACGACUGAGACGAGCGCUGCAGUACCAUCUGAAGCUCCAACAGAAGCUCCAAUUGAAGCGCCAAUCGAUACUCCUGUCGAAGCACCAAUCGCUCCCGAGGAGAUAAAAGUCGAGCAAGAAAGGAAAGAGGAAACGCCUCCAGCUCCAGAAGUUCCAGAAAAUAAGGAUGAAGAUGAGAAGGUAUCGGAACUCAGUUCUGCUGCGAGACAUGGAAGGUCGCCCUCGUUGUCGGUGCAAUCUAAGAUGAGGUCAUCUUCCUUUCGACAGGCUUCAGGAGCUCUUUCGCCGGAAGUUGCUUUUAGUCCUAGUGGUGAUACGGCGCCGGAUAUUUAUAGGAAACAAGCUUUGAAGAUUGAAGAAUUGGAGAAGGAGAAUAAGAAGUUGAGUAAAGAAGCGGUAGAUGCAGAGAAGAGGUGGAAAAAGGCGGAAGAAGAAUUGGAGGAUUUGAGGGAGGCAGAAGGGGAGUCUGCUAAAGGGGAGAAAAGUACUGAUAGUGGGUCUUCGGAGGAGGUGGAGAAGUUGGUAAGUGCUGGAGGAUAUAGUGAGUUGUUUACGGAGCUAAUUGAAUUUUGUAGAAAUCAGAAAUCGCGGCCCUCCAACGACAGAAUACACAACUUCAUGUUUCAUCCUCGCGAAAACAUGUUUCUUCGCCUUCGAUGUCGGUACCUGUACCAUCAGAUUUGGAAGCCGAGCUAAGAUCUAAGUCUUCAACAAUUGAGUCUAUGGAAAUUGAAAUUUCCAAUCUUCGGGCACAGCUUGAACGAGUCGCAUCAGGAUCAUCUGUCGAAAAAGAACAAAUUACCGCUCUUGAGGAUAAGUUAGCACGAAGUGAAAAGUUGGCUGCAAAAGCGCAACGCGAAUUGGGAGAUUUGAAAAAGAACCUCGAAAGAACGACUGAGAAAGCUGUCAAAGAAGGUAGUGAACGCAUAUCUGCAGAAACAAAAUUACGAACACUAGAACGGGAAGCAGAGGAAGCUAAAGCACAUAGUGAUGAACUUCAGAAGAAAGUAGAGGCGCUUGAAAAGAAAGUGUCUACACUCACGACGCUUCAUAAAGAGCACGAUGCUCGAUCGCAAGCUCAGAAGAAAGAACGUGAAAAAGUGGAAAAAGAAGCAUCAGAUCUCCGAAUCCGAUUUGCCAGUGUUGAGAAUGAAAAUUCACGUCUGAAGGAAGAAAGGGAUAGGUUGAAGAAACGAGAUGCACAAGGAAUUGAUGAUGAUGGGGUUGAUGAACUAGAAAAUGAGGAAAGACAACGCUUGGAAAGGAAAGUUAGAGAUUUAGAAGCGGAAGUCCAUGAAUUAAGAAGAGGAGUAUGGAGAGAUCGAAGAAGAGAAAUGGAGGGAGAAGGAGAUGAUACGAGUCCAGGAGCAAGAUUCACAGAUGUAGAUUUAGGCGGAAGUGGAAGUCCUCAUGCGAGAAAGAGCGGUGUUUUGCACCAAGGAAAAGGCAUUGGAGAUUAUCUAACAAGUGGCUUUAAUGCUAUUACUGGUGGUACGGCUCCCUUGGGUUUGGGUCAUGCACAUGGAGGAGCAGAUGAAGAAGAAGAUUUAUUGGAUGAUGAUGAUUUACUCGAAUUUGAUGAAGAAGCUUUUAGGAAGGCGCAGCAGGAGGAGGCGGCGAAGAGGAUUGAGAGGGUUAAGGAGGUUAAGCGGGCGUUGAAGAAUUGGGAGGGUUGGAGGUUGGAUUUGGUCGAGAAUAGGAGUGCGGGUGGUGAGGGGGUGGGAGAAAUUUUUGAGAUUUAGAACGGUUGUGGGGUGAGGGGAGAUGGAGAUGGAGAUGGCAGGUGGUUGGUUUUGCGUUAUGGUGAUUGUGAUGUGUGAGGGGUGGUAGAUGGGAAUUGUGGAUUGUGGGUUAAGGUAUAGGGGUGUAUGAUGAUGGACGGAUUGGUUGGUUGAUUGAUUGAUUGAUCGGUCGUGAAUGUAAGAUUAAGAUUAAGAAUAAGAACAAGAACAAAAUUUAGGUUUAUUAUUAGGUGUAAAAUUUAAAAUUUAAAUCAUAAGUUAGUAAAUAUAGAGUAGAGUAUAUGAAUAAUACGAAUAGUAUACACACUUUA